CCUAGAUUUUGUCUGAGCGCAAGCAGCAGCGAUCAAAUGGGAAACCUCACAGAAGAUUUGAUCAUCGACAUCCUCGUUCGGUUACCAGUAAAAUCAAUCAUAAGAUUUAGGUGCGUACUAAUCUAGAUUUUGUUAAGCUGAAACUCAAGCAUGAUACUGAAAGUGGAAACAAUAAGCUUCUUUUAACAAAAGUCCUGAUGUUUAUGGUGGUAUAUACAUUUGGAAUCCAGUUACAAAAGAGUAUAAAAUACUACCAUAUACGAAAUCAAUAAUGUGCCGGAUGAGAUAUGUUUAUGAAAUUGGGUGUGGGUUUGGUUAUGAUUGCGGAAUUCAGGAUUACAAGGUUGUAGCAAUUGUUGAUAAUAAGAAUACAAAUUGUUCGGAUGUGGAGGUUUAUACAUUAGGUUUAGAUCCAUGGAGAAGGAGUUCAUCCAUCCCGUACAGACUUGCUAAAGGAGGACCUGCUGGGGUGUUUUUCAAUGGAGCUCUUCAUUGGUUAGCCCAAUCAUGUUCAGGUACCAAAUUACAAGUUUUACUUUCAUUUGAUAUGAAAGAUGAGAUUUUCGUUGAGAUACACCAACCUGAAAAUUUGGACAAAUUCGAUUAUAAAUUUGUGGGUGUGCUAGGUGGUUGUCUAAGCAUGCUUUGCAGUGUUGGUAAGGUUGGUUUUGAGGUAUGGGUGAUGCAGGAUUAUGGAGUCACAGACUCAUGGACUACAUUAGAAGGAGGACUUUUGGGGAUAUUCUGUUGGCUUCAUUGCUUUAUUACCGAAUUUGUCUAUAUGAGUUACGGAAUUUGUCUAUAUGGGUGUACAUUUGACCAAUUCAGAUGCAGACAAUGUUUUGAAAAUGGCCGCUAUACUAAUUCUUCUGAUAAGAAGAUUCUCCUUUCAACUCGUGUAUGAACUAUUUACAGCUUCUGUUAAAUUUCUAGUCUUUUCCAUAUGGGAUUACUAGCCAAGGUGCUGCCCUGCCUUUGGUAAUCUGCUGAUGCUUACUACGGGCCUUUGGGAAAGUCAUGAACCAAAUAUUCUGAGGCCGACUUUUCAUUUUUUAAUUACUUAUCAAAAUCGACG